CUCAACUUGAAGUUGUUAAUUUGUAGUUUGUACCGCUAUACCGUUUAGUGCUACGUCAACAACUUAUUUAAAACUUUAGUAAAUUAUAUUAAUCAAUGAUUUCUCGUUUUCAGUAACGAUUCAAGUUUAUAUGGACAAACAAGAAGCUGGUGAAGAUAUUCAAGAAGAGGCAACUGUGACAGUUGAAACACAAUUAAAUCCUGAAAACAUGGAUGAAGACAAAAAGUCCCAAACUUUUUCUCCUAACAAACGAGUCAACUAUGGUUAUAUAAAAUAUGUAAGUCUAGCAGUAUUAACAAUUCAAAAUGCAGCUCUCGGCUUAAGUAUGAGAUAUGCUCGCACACGAGAUGUUGAAAUGUUUUAUUCAUCAGCAGCUGUGCUGAUGGCAGAAAUCUUAAAGUUGGCAAUAUGCUUAGUGUUAGUAAUGAAUGAAUCUGGAAGUAUUAUAAGAGGAUCUCGAACUAUGUAUGCAACAGUCAUAUUAAAUUUUAAAGACACUCUUCAUGUUUGUGUGCCAUCAUUUUUAUAUGUAAUUCAAAAUAACUUGCUCUAUGUCUCAGCAUCUAAUUUAGACGCUGCUACAUAUCAGGUAACAUAUCAGUUGAAGUUAUUGACUACAGCCAUUUUUGCAGUGCUAGUAUUAAAAAGGCGAUUAAAAAAAUGGCAAUGGUGUGCCUUGGGUUUGUUAGUGGCAGGUAUUGCUCUUGUGCAACUGUCCUCAACUGGGAAAACAAAAGACUCUUCAAAUUUACAAAAGCAAUCAAAGAUUCUUGGUUUUGGUGCAGCACUAGCAGCAUGUUUUAUAUCUGGUUUUGCUGGUAUAUACUUUGAAAAAGUUUUAAAAGAGUCAGAUAUAUCUGUAUGGAUGAGAAAUGUGCAACUAAGUUUAGCAUCAAUACCAUUUGCCAUUAUAACGCAUGUUGUAAACAAUGGUAGCAUGACAAAUUUAUUAAAAGGAUUUGAUGGCUUUGUAUGGUACUUGGUAGUUUUGCAGGCAGCUGGGGGCUUGAUAGUAGCUGUGGUAGUAAAAUAUGCAGACAAUAUUCUGAAAGGCUUUGCAACCUCAGUUGCAAUAAUAAUAUCAUGUAUAGUUUCUAUAUAUAUUUUCGACUUUCAGUUGACUGUACAGUUUGCUUUAGGUACUAUAUUUGUAAUUGGAUCAAUUUUCUUAUAUGGUUAUGUACCUAAAAAACCAGAAACUCGAACCUCAUUAAGUGUAUGAUUUUUAUUGCUAUUUGCAUUUUCUGUAAAUAGCAAUUUGCCAGUACUUAUAGAUUUAAGUGAAAUACUCUAAGAAACAUGUAUUCACAAUAUGAUCUUAAAUUUAUUUUUAUGCCUAUGAGCCUUUUUACAAUAUUUUAUUAUACAAUUGCAGGAUAAAAAAUUAAAUAAACAUAUUUUAUACUA